AUGACCAAUUGCACAGCGAAAGAUACGCCCAACAGUACGUGGUCGUUUUGUCCCUCUGAGGGAGCAUCCGAUCUGUUCAUUUUCCUAUUUGGCGCCACAACAAUUCUCCAUAUCUACCAGGGCAUCCGAACUCGAAAAUGGUACACCGCAGCGCCAACAUCUACAGGAGCGUAUGCCCUCUGGUUUAUUUUGAUCCUUGUUGCACCACUUUGGAUCAAUGGCUUUGUGUACAUGGUCCUCGGGAGAAUGGUCUGGAACUUCCUUCCGUCGCGCGAAGUGUUCGGAAUUCCUGCUAGACGUCUUGGUGUUUAUUUCGUAACUUUGGACAUCGUAGCAUUUCUCGUGCAAAUUUUGGGAGCCGUGUCCGCUGUCGGCAAUAAGAAUGACCCCAAAUCUUCUACUAACGCUCUGCACAUUUACAUGGUAGGAUGUGGUAUUCAACAACUUUUCAUCCUCGUCUUCUGCAUCAUCGCCGUUCGAGUCCACCUCGAGUUGCGCGCUCAAGUAUCAUCGAUCAAGAAAGAUGCAGCGAUGAAAAUGCUCUAUGUCACUUAUGCAGUCGUUCUUCUGAUCACGAUCCCCAUCAUCUUCCGCCUCAUCGAAUAUGCGGGUGGUUUCGACCACGCGAUUCCGAAGGAAGAAGCGUACAUGUACUGUCUUGAUUCCCUUCCUAUGUUCACAGCUUUGGUGCUGCUCAAUGUUGUACACCCAGGAUAUAUCAUGCCGGGCAAGGAAAGUGAUUUGCCGUCGAGAAAGGAGAGGAAGAUGACGAUCUGUCUGUUAUUUGCUAGUGGAGUUUUGGUUGGGUUCGAGGCAAUAUAUGUUUAUCAUGCAAUUGGCUAA